AUGGGGUCUAUUUCGGGAAGGUUAGCUUCGAAUUAUUUUUUAUUUGAAGAUAAGAUUUUUGAGUAUUAUGGGAGCAUCAAUAAAUUUUUUGGUAACUUUGUAAGAAAAGCUUUUAAUGAAUUACUUGCUAGAGAACAAAUUAGAAUUGAACAUGUGAAUGGAAUUUGGAAAGGAAGAUUUGGUUGUUUAAAUGGAAUAAGAACUCAAAUUUCAUCUGAAAAAAAUUUAAAAUUUGUUUUAGAUAUUAUAAAAGCAACAGUUAUUCUUUAUAAUAUAUCAUUAAAAAAUAUGGAUAUAUGGAAUGAAAAUUUAAAUGAAAUUGAGAUUGAAUCAAGUUCAAUAUUUGAUAGUUUAAAUAAUGAAGAUAAUAAAUUAGGAAAAAAAAAGAAAAUGUAUUCAAAACUUAGUUCUUCAACAAAAUAA